CUGUCUUAAGCAGAAUAAGAGUGGCAAGCAUCCAGAGAAGGGGAGGUGGAGCUCAGCGUGGGCAUGAAGCCCUCAUCUGGAGCCAUGGCAAGAGACACAAAGACAGAGCAUUCUCUAGUCAAGGCAGAAGCUGUGUAGCAGCAGUGCACCUAUGCAGACAGAGGGAGUGGUAACCAGAGAUAAGGUGUCCCCACCAUGGACUACACUCAGUCCCUGGCGCAAGUCAAGGACCGGCUUCAGAUCCACAGCAUCCUGGCCUGGCAGUGCCUGGCCGAGUUUCUGGGUGUGUUUGUGCUCACACUCCUCAUACAGGGGACUUUGGCCCAGGCUGUCACCAGCAGAGGAACCAAAGGCAACUUCUUCAUCAUGUUUCUGGCUAGCUCUCUGGGUGUUAGGCUAGCCAUCUACAUCAGUGGUAAUGUCUCAGGGGCCCACCUGAAUCCAGCCUUCUCCCUGGUCAUGUGCCUCCUGGGAUGCCUCCCCUGGGCCAAGUUUCCCAUUUACUCCUUGGUGCAGUUGCUAUCCGCUUUCUGUGCCUCUGGAGCAUAGGUGUAUGCUCUCUAUCAUGAUGCCCUACAGAACUAUACAGGUGGGAACCUGACAGUGACUGGUCCCAAGGAGACAGCCUCCAUCUUUGUCACCUACCCUGCCACCUAACUGUCCCUGAGCAAUGGCUUCCUGGAUCAGGUUCUGGGCACCUGGAUGCUGAUUGUGGGGAUCUUAGCCAUCCUGGACACACGGAACAAGGGAGUGCCUGCGAGUGUGGAGCCUGUGGUAGUGGGGUUGCUGAUCCUGGCCAUCAGGCUAUCCAUGGGUGCCAGCUGUGGGUUCCCAAUCAACCCUGCCUGGGACCUUGACCCACGGCUUUUCACCUACGUAGCUGGCUGGGGCCCUGAAGUCUUCAGCGCUGGCAAUGGCUGGUUAGGCCCUCUAGGGAGGGCCACACUUAGCACAGCCACACACUAGCGGCUGGUGGCUCUGCAUCAUCCUGAGCACUCAGAGCCAGCUCAGGAUUUAGAGUGUGCCCAACCUGAAGCCUCAGACUCGGAAAGUCCUGCCGCAACUCAGGUGCAUGAGAGUAAGCUGUGA